AUGGAAAGAUUAAUUUCAAUUCUACUACUCACAACUACAAGCCUACACUUAGUCAACGGUCAAGGUAAAAAUGAUUUAUUUUUACUUUACAUCAUAUAAUUUGGCAUAGCUAAACGAGAAUUCCAGAAGUCCUAAUUCAGAACCAAAUCCCAACAUGCCUUAACUUUUUCUUUAGCCAAGCUUACAUUCUAACUACAGUAAAUAUCAUCGUACAAAACAAAAUUUAAAAAAUUGUUUCAGGAUACACCGGACUCUCUCAUGAACACCGUUACAACACAAUGGUCAACUAUCUAUGUCACAAACAACCAAAUUUGAGUAUUUGUGACAUUCGAAACUUUAAAAUCCUUGGUCCAGCUCAGAACCAAUACGGAGGUUCGAAAAAGAAUCAGUGA